AUGAAAGAGAAGACAUGAUGAUAUUGGCCCUGCCUGCCUUGUUUUCCAUCUCUCUCUGAAAAUCUCUCUCUCUCUCCCUCAAAAUCUCUCUUGUAUUGAUUGGGCAAUAAUGAGAUAGAAGCAGAGUAGUGUGUUUCCACUGUUUGGCUUGUGGGUUUUCUCUUUCCUUUUUUUUUUUUUUGAUGGGUUCUGAAAGAGAGGAAUUUUGCAGAGAGAAGAGAAGUGAGAAACCCAAGUGCGGGUUUUGGCAGUUCAAUGGUUAUGUUUGUAUUAUUGCUUUCAUGCUCAUGGAAGUGAAAUUUCCUAGGCUUUUCUCAAACUGCAGAGGUGUUGAUUUCCUUCACCCUCUCAGCUAAACAGAGAGAGUGAGCUCUGUAAUAAAAGAAAGAGAAAAGAAUUCCUUGUUUGAUUCUGGUUUUUAGGAAUUUCAAUUCUUGAGUUAUGAAGCGGCCCAGUAUCUCAGAUUCCUCGGGUGUUAUGAUUCCUGUCUGCUCAUCUGCAGAAACCAAAGGCUCAGGAAGCAAAAACAAUGUCUACAAUAGGGGAUUUCGAUCCAUGUUAGAUAGCAUGGACGAUGAAGAUUGCAUUGAAGAAUCCGGACUGAUCGGUGAAAAGAAGCGGCGUCUUAGCAUUGAGCAGGUGAAGACCUUGGAGAAGAGCUUCGAAGUCGAAAACAAGCUCGAGCCCGAGCGGAAGGUGACGCUGGCUCGAGAACUAGGAUUGCAGCCACGGCAGGUUGCCGUUUGGUUCCAAAACCGGCGAGCCCGUUGGAAAACCAAGCAAUUGGAGAAAGAUUAUGGCCUCUUGAAGUCCGAUUACGAAUCUCUUAAGCUCAAUCUCGAUACUCUCCGUCGCGACAACGAAGCAUUGUCAGUAGAGAUAGAAGAACUGAAAUCGAAGCUCGGAGUGAAGAACGUAGAGAACGGCUGCCGUGUGAAACAGGAAAUCAUUCAAUCUGAAUCCAAAAACAGGGUAUUGGAACAUAGCAAGAUGGAGGACGAUAUCGAUCAGAGCCAUGAGCAUUGUGAUGGCGGCGGGCUCAUGAUGUUUGGCGACUUCAAAGAUGGAUCGUCGGACAGUGAUUCGAGCGCGAUCUUAAACGAAGAUAAUGGACCACACAGUGCUAUCUCCUGUGAAAUUCUUCAUCCAAAUGAACAGCCUGUUCCGUCGAUUCUCAGAUUCGACUGUGCAUCUUCUUCCCAUUCUUCAAUCAAUUACCUUCAAUUCUCGGACUAUCCCCGCAUUGCUUCAAACACCCAAAAGGCGUAUCAUCAGAUGAUGAAGAUGGAAGAGAAUAAUCUCCUGACUGGAGGAGAUGAGCAUUGCAAUCUCUUCGAAGAAGAACAGGCUCCGAGCCUUUCAUGGUACUGUCCUGAGCCAUGGAUUUGAAAGGAGAAAAGGACCUGAAAAAAUGGCAAUGAGGGAAAAGAGCCGUUGGAGAAUUUUGUAAAAUUGCAAAUGUAUUUAGCUUUCUGUCGCCUUUUUGUACAAAAAGACUUCACCUCUGUUGAGAAGAGCUGAUCGCGUAGAGAAGAUACUCCAACAGAGCAGAAAUAAAAGAAGGGAGAAUAGGAGAGAUUUUGAUGCGUUGGCUACUGUAUUCCAAAUAUCGGUGUAUAAGCAUCUCUACCACGGACGUGCUGGUUUAUCCCGACCGUCCAAUUGGUGGGCCACUUCGGCCAUUGCCCAAAUAUAGUUUUGGUUCGUUGUAGGAAAUUGAAGCAAUGGCACCAUUCAUCU